CGCUACAGCACUGUCCAUUUGUGGAAAAAAUUCUCCACACAUUUGGCAACAAACAUCAAGCUCAGGUUUAAAUCGAUAAUUUUUUGUAGUUCGAUGUGAACGAUGAAUGGAAUCGGUAAUUCGGCAUUAUCUGUGUAGGAGGUGGGACGAGAUUUCACGUGCGUGCAUUAUUAUCAGCAGGCAAGGUUUUUCUUGUGCGGACAAUUUCGUGACUAGACAGAGUAGAGCGUAGGCCGCGUGCAGUGCGUGCACUGUCAGACAGUGCGAGGCGCGCAGUGAAGUGAUCGCGGCAGACCUGUGUCGUGUAUGAUCGUCUCCCUCAUCAACCAUCCAUCUCAUAUGCGCGUUGCUAGUGGCAACGAAGGGUGCGAGCAACCGCGGGUGUCUCCCACGUUUUCUCUGCCUGCCUUUUAAUUUCACUGUUAGGUCUGUCCACGUAUGACAGUACUUUGGACAGGAUUGGAUCGUUGCCAUUCUCUGAACUGAAAGCAUGAAGAGGCACAGAGGUUAGAAAUGAUGCACACGCCGGCGAUUGUAUGUGGACUAAAAUCGAAACGAAUACAGUAAUAUGAUAUGGCCACCGCUCUACAGUGACAUGAUAUGCACUGUACUGGCCCUUAUACUGAUAGAUAGCAGCAGAGAAACGGCAUUAUGGACGGGGAAGUCGCGGUAACUGUGUCGGGCGUCGCCCCGGUAACUCUAAUCGCUCAGAUAUCCAUAGCUCUGAUCGCUGUGGCAGUUACAGCGGUUUACAUCCUGAAAAACCUGCCUGACCCUGGAGACAGCCCCAGGCAGGAUAGCAGCGGCACCGCCCACCCAGGUUCACCGCGACGGAUUGAGCAAUUCCAUGCAACAUCGGGCGGGUACGGACGGGAGCCAGACACAAGGGAUGCUCAUGACGACGCUGACGGCGAAGCCAGCACCAGCCAGUUAAGGGAGGAUGUUAAUACGCAAGUGAUAGAUUCACGCGGGGAGUAUCGUGAGAUCAUCUCUCACGAUGAAUACCACGAUCUCUGCAACAGCCCCUCGCCAGGUGAACGACCGAGAUCUUCCAGAAAGAAGGGGUCGUUUUCUGGCCACUCUAAAGAGUGGCCGACCUCACUGGAAAGUAUUGACGAAGAAGAUGAAGAGGAAGAAGAUCUGAAGUCGGAGGGAGGUAAGGGAAAUGAAGAUGAACCCCAAACACCCAAGGGGAGCCCUAAAAGGGGAUCUCGGGUCCCGAAGUGGUAUUUCUCUAGAUCUUCGAGUGGUAUCCCUUCCUUGCCAAGAAAUAGGGAUUUGGACGCUCAGUUCAACCAGCUGGCAAACCAGACGCCUGAUGAGGGUCAAAGUUCGUUAGGAAGUACUGUUUACACAUAUGAAGAUGUUAGUAAUGUGGAUGAGUCGCGAAAAAGAGCCAUCACUGGAUUUUCCGGUACACCGAUCGGUUUGUUGCAGCGCAAGCCAUUACUCCGACAAUCAGCAGCGCAAUCACUAAAAGAUGAAUAUUCAUUUACCGGGAACACUUCCAGCCAAUCACAAGCCGAAGAAACGGAUAACACCGAUGCUGCGCGGUUGAACGUCACGUUCAAAGAUGACCAGAAGAGGGUGGACGUUCCUGAUAUUCAGACACGUGAACUCAACAUACACGACCUCAUCCCCAAUGACAAAUUUUCACUGCAUGGAUACACACUUGAUGUUACCGAUGAAAUCAAUUCGGCACAGUGGGUUCAAACACUCGCCUCUACUGUCAUCCUACCAGAGAAAUGCAAGGAGGAACUGCGGGCUGAAGUCGUGCGGGUUGAUUUGGGGGAUGAGGACGAAGGACAGGAGGAAAAAGUUCCAAAGGAAGACUUACAGUGCACGACCAAAGACAGACCAAUACCCAAGCCCCGCACCAGCCUCGUGUGUAUGAGUCACAACCCCCCGGCCACAAUUUCUCCCCCCUCAACAUCAGCGAGUGCGCCACCACAACUCACGAACACGCCGACUCAUCACGGGAUUCUCCAAGCGGGAUCGGACAUUGACCGGCCGCCAGCGAAGGAGCGUACCCCUUGCGCGGGUGCCGAGCAACCCCUGACAAAUGCCAACGAGGGAUUACACCAACAAACCAAAUACGGCGAGUUGAGGAACAUAUUAAAGACCGACGCGGCUAUUCAGCGUGGGCUACAAACAAGAGCGGGUUUUCUAAAGAAAGAAAAUAUUGACUUGACAGAUAAGGACGACAAAAAGCCCCCGUCAGUGGGCCGUUAUGAUGAUGAGGUUCGAGUUACGGCUUCACCCGACGCUCGUCUCUUUACAGUAGUGGGUUGCACGCCAAGCCCCAUCAGCACAUUUCGAGAUAAUUCUUGUGAUUCGGCUGGGAAAGUUGUGGGAGAGGUUGAAAUUCAUCCAACGCCUGACGGUACAUUUAUUGCUGCUCCUACAGACACACAAGUCAUUCUGGGUGGCGACCCUACAUGUCCAGACCAACCAGUAACGAGCGUAUCACCUUACGAAACUGGAACACCAAGUUUAUCAACAGGAAUAUCGUUUGAUGAGAGUGGAUUACAGCACACCAACACAGCACAGAAUGUUACACCACAGAAUAAAAAUACGCAAAUUGAUCAAGCACGUGCAGUCGAGGAACCCGAUAUAUCCCAUGUGACAAUUGCAGCUUUAAACAUUGCCACUGAGUCCAAAAAUAAAGACUGGACAACGCUUCAGAACAGUGGUAGGGAACGUAAUUCGUAUGAUUCGAUACAUUUGGAGAAUGAUGCAGUUGGUGACUUGCCCUGGGUUGCUGAAAUAGAAAAUCAAAGCUCUGAUCUUAAUGCGUUGAGAGCCACCCUGACCGAGAAACUUCAGUUUAAAAGACCGAAGGAGUUACUGCUGCAUGAGACCAAGCCUCAAGGUCACCUGAAAAAUUCAGAGACGUCUGAUUCGGAGCUCUCGUCAGCUACAAGUCCAAGUGAAGUGGUUGCCCAGCAACGGGUGCGCAUCCGUAAAAGCCUCGAGAAACUCAACGUGCCUGAUUGGUACAAGAAAUCCAAUCAUUACAAGCGCGUGUUAAGCGGUGACCAAAAUCGCGAUCUCCUUAGCAACCAAUCUGAGUCGGGGCCUCGCAUGACCAGGAGCCCCUCCUCUUGUCUAAGCGAUUGCUGGAGCGUGAGCUCUUCAGAGGAGCCAACUCACCAUCCGGCCGUUUCGACCAAACUAGCCUUCCAAUCGGAAGCGCGAUAUCGCCGAGAUUUCCCGAAGAGACUGCUGUACGAGCCGAUCCGCAACGCCAUCUCGUGCGCCGAGCUGCCGACCCAAAGUCCGAUUAAGCCGACUGAAGUUGACGCACAGAAUAACCACACAAGUGUGAUUGAUGAUAUCGAAAUUGGACAUAGUAGAAAUGACAGCCUACCAGGUCAACCUCUUAACCAAAUAUCAUCAUCACUAAAUGAUGUAAACUCUAGCUCCCCUCAAAACCAACCAUCGCCAUCACACGGUCUGCGCUUGCGCAGCAAGUCCGAGGGGGAUCAUCUAGAUCAGAUCACGUAUUUUGAUUCACUGGCAGUGAAGCGACUCGAGCGUCAUAUGAACGAUUCGAUUUUUUUCGUCACUGGUUACAUCAAUGACUCACAGGACGAUCUUGACGACGGUCAGUCUGACAAGAACAGCCUCUUUGCCAGUGGAAGCCUUCCCGAUGAAUCCAUAGACGACAUGGAGUACCAGAGGCAGAUGUAUGAACUAAGGAAGUCCUUUGAGCGGGUUUCGGUAUCACCUGAGUUGCAACAAAGGCAAACAGCAACGGACAACAACAAUUUGUCGCAUGGAAGUGGUUAUUUGAAUAGGGAAGUGGACACUUAUCGCAUGCCCUAUGACAGUGAACUCAACAACAAACACACGCCAAAAAGAACAGGAAGCUUGGACACUGAAUCGCCAUUUUCAUCGGGAUUAAGUGGUGAUUAUCGAAGGGACAAGUUCAUGGAAAGGCAAACACAGUGGACACCAACACCAGCCCCACGCACGAGUAUUAUCGAGAGUCCGCAAAUGCAAAGUUAUUCGUCUCUGACCGAGGCCCAGCAAGACCAGGAGCUGAAGCCAGAUCCCCGGUACAAUCCCGACGGGAGCAGGAACGUCAAACUCUCACCAAGGUUUGCAAUGGUUACCCCCAGCCCAGAGUUGCCUAAGAGCUCGCCAAGGAACCCAAGUCCUCGAAAAACAACCGUCAAGAUAAUGAUCACCGACACGUCACUGGAAGACGACGACAGCGGCCCUUCAAGUGGCCACCGUAGCGACCAAGAUCCGGUCUCUGCGUCAUCGUCUGACCAGGAGACCGUGGUUGACGGCAUGACGAAUUCGUGGACUCCAUUAGAUCUGGAAAAAUUAAAAGACUCCGAAUUUGCUGCUGUGCUCUCUGUCAUCACAUCAAGACACAUGAAGCCUGGUAACAGGUCUGGGUUUUACAUCCCUGGAAGCAAUUUCGUCCCUCCUAAAGAGGUCACAAUGGAGGAGAUUGUAGAUAGUUUACUAGGUCUGCCGUAUCAGCGGGCUGCAAGUGCUGUUGAUCUAAAUAGCAGCGGGUACCGGGGAAGCAGCUCCACUUCCACGCCUCUGACGUGUUCUACGCCAGAUCUUAGUUCCUCCUGGAGCCACAGCCGAGGCAGCACUCCAGUAUCUACAUCCGACAAGAGCCACAGUGCUGACAGUCUGUACAGCGAAGAUGGCAAUGUAUUAAAUUCCAUCGUCAUCGGUAGAAGGCGGCAGGAUGAGGGCAAUUACCAUGACGAGAGAUUCGAGGAGGGGGACAGCGACGCGAUUGGUGAGGAGAUCAUUAUGGUGAAAUGCAGCUACAAAAAGUGUGCCAAGACCAAAGAACUCUCUGAGGCCCGGAAGUCAUUCAAGACUUGUCACAACUGUUACACCUACUACUGCUCCAGGCAAUGCCGGAAAAUGCACUGGCCCCGUCAUAAGAAACGCUGCCUUUUCAGUCGCGUUAACAGUGUCUGCAAACAUGUCAUCUAUCACAGUAGGUACAACGGGCAGCUUCAGUCAGACCUGACGCGCGUUGCGCGCACAGGCUACCUCUCACGCGGACGUGGGGCAAUUCUGCUCAUCUUUCCUGAUACGGAAUCCGCAGAGAACUACACCGAGAGAGGGUUUGACGCUUUGCCUAGCGCACCGACGUACUCCACCGUCCGCGAGCUGGAAACCUCAGAUCUCUUCGGUGACCACAUGAAGUAUCUGUUGGAGAUGUGUCACACUUACGAUCCCGACAGAAAGUUUGUGUUGAAUGUUGCCAUCAUGGCGAACACAGAGGAACAUCGAGGCAACAGGCCAAGACGGACGGACACUGCCGUCAAAAAAUGCGCCAAGCUCAGUCUGGUGCCGCCACAUGCGGAUCCUUCCUCGACAAAUCCGGAUCCAAUCCCCGACACACUCAUCAUUACCUCCCCGUCCGGCUCGCAAGGAGACAGGGAACUCAACAGGAAAUCCAGGCAAGUGUGCUUAGUGCAUAUUCAGCGGCAGUUGCGGCAGCGUGGAGUGAACCUGCGACACCAGCAUCCAGAGAUCUACGACAGGCUCUGCCGUUGGGUCGAAAACCACGAGCAUUUUACCCCCACAACCAUUUAUCCCUUGGACGAGCAGACAGGGAAGCGGUUUAUGUGUGUGCUGAUGCCAGAGGCAGAACCAGACGAUUUGGGAUGGAUCAACAACCCGGAACUCCUUGAAGACAUUGACCUGGAUGCAGAACUUGAAAAACUUGAAAAUGUCGCCGGAAUGGUGGUAACUGACCUCUGAUAAUGCCUUUUCACGCUUUUGGUCCAAUAUGAAUCCCUUUGAACUGCAUCGUUCAAAAUUGAAAAAAUAGCUUGUAGUCGAUGCAAAGUUUUCGGCAACAUCGAAUCUGUUUAUGCAUAAUCGAAUUUCACAUCUAUUUACUGUGUGAAUUUGAAACUGAUUAAACACCAGCCUCUUGUGGAUUUUUAAUGAACCUAAAUCCACACAAAGCUGACUGUUCAACUGUUGAGGAAAUGGCUCCGUCGCCUGCUCUAAACUUUAAUUUUAAAUAUGCAGCACUUUCCUUUGCAUAGUUUCAGCAUCGAGCGUCCUGCAAUGAACGUGUCAAAAUGUUUUAUUCUGUAUUAAUGGAGAAUGUUCUGCCGGUGGGCGAGGUCUACUACUGUAUCAUAGAUACCUGCACUUUGUGACUACACUACGAGAAAAAAUGCAAAACACUUGUACUGCCCUGAUAAACUGUUGCCAUGGAAACGGGGGAAGUUUGCUUUAUUCAUCUCAGAGGAAGAGUGAUCGUUAAUCCGGAGAGCUAUCCUCGAAGAACGACGGGAGGGGAAGGUUUUACGUGAGGGAAUGUGGAUACUACAAACAAUCAAAUUUGCUCACGAACAAACUGUUCCAACUUGCAGUUAGUUGUGAGGAAAAUUUUCAUCAUCGCCUACAUGAUUCUUCGUGUGGCCGUGUUUCACAGACAUAGCCUCGCCACUGGCUGCUUGGAAGCAAGCGUCCCCCGAUUUCUAAGAUUAAAGGAAGUCAUCCUUGGAUCAGUCUGCCUGCCACAUCCCAACGAGAGGAUUUUCCUGCCCUUCAGGGCAGAGCGAGGGGCAUUAUAACAAAGCCGGUAAAACAUCGGAUGAACAUUGAGAUAGCAUCCUUCUUCGUUCUGAGUAUUCUCUGGAGGGAUGCGGACCUUUUUUUCUGCAACUGGUCGUCGAGAAUGUUUCCUAUACCGUUCAUGGGACUGCAAAGCACACAGUCACUUACCGAUUUCGCGGGAGUUUCACCUUGCGGAAACUUACGAUAAUGGUCGUGAGAUUUGCUGAAGCGUUUCUAAGGACUGGGCCAUUUGGGACUGAGUUAUUCUAAGGGUUUUGGGCCAAUAGAUUUACACGAUUUUCUGAUAUUUCCGGAAAGAGGUACACGUAUUCCUAAAUUUCUCAAAAGGAUGUUUUGUAUGGGUAGAAUUUUAAUUUCUUUUUUGUCUUUUUCUUCUUCUUCUUAACAUCUUUACGAUGGGCAAAUGUGACUGAUUCAAUUGAGGAGAAGAAAGGAAAAAAUCUAUCUGAGUCAAAACAUUCGUGACUUAGACAUAUUCCGAGGAUGAACACAAGUAAAAUGUCGGAAGAUGUUGGCCUUUAAUUUGAUUCUAAGAUCACUGCUGUCGCCUCUGUACCUCUGUCACUGGGGCUUUCUAUCCAUACUGCAAUUGUGGUUGAUACUUGAAAACUACUAAAACUUACCAUAUUAUUCCAUGCACUUCUUGAACGUAUGCGUGAGGGCGAACCUUCGGUAAGCCUGAAGUACCGAAACUCAAAAAAUGGCGUCAGACUUGUUCGAUCCAACCGUAUGUCAAGGCGUUGCUAGCACUGUUCAGUAGCGAGUUUUGGGUCACGAGCGAGACGGCUUCUCAUUGGUCCAAAGUGCCUCUGUUGACUUUGCAGACCCACCUAUACCGGGCCUAUGGUAUGCAUAUCAUUUGCGUAACAAAAGGAACAGGUGUUCAGUGACGGUCUAUGGAAGCAGCUGUUUUGAGUCAUGAGGUGUAGCAAGGUUCUGAAGUGCAUUUAUGAGAAAAGAAGGGCUCUGUUUUUGUAUUUUUGUUAGUACUGUUUUGUUCAAAUGCAAGCUUGGAUUGACCAUACUGAAUCUUGUAUGCAGUGGCUUGUGAGUGUGGUAGGCAUGUAGUUGUAGUUAAUGGAGUGUUGAUUGAAGUGAUAUAUUAUGUUCUCCUUACCUGUGUUCCUACGUGAUGAACUUUUGUUUUGGGAAAUAGGAUAAUGUAAUUUUCAAAUUUAAGCCCCGAACCAGCACUUUGGCACGCACAAACUCCUUCAAUUGACACCUUUAACGAGGAAUGCUCAGUACGUCCCCUCUCUUCGGAUGGGACUGGGUCUUCGCCUCUGUUUUGUUUUUGUUUUGUUUUUUUUAAUCUCUGAGGAAUACCUACGGCAUUUUUAGCCACAUGAAAAGAUGCCAAGCGAUUUCAUUCUUUCACAGUACUGAAGUGUAGAGCCUACGGUGGUCCUGAAGGACCGUUUGGGCAAAGGCACCUCUUUUUUGUCAUGGCAAAAUCUUGAUUUUUUUCACGACGUCGCAAGUUUUACUUGUUGUUAAGCAAUGUCGUGUAAAUAUCUCUUGUUUAUCAUUUUAGGGUUCAAAUGAGAACAGUUUUGAAAUCAAUUUCCUUUUAAUAAAGAGGGUUAAUUAAGCAAGUCAAGGUAUCCAGUUAGAGAGUAAUCGAAAUUACUUAAAUUGGCUGUGGUAUUAUCGUUUUCUAUACACGAUACACAACUUCAAUUGUAUUCCAUUUACGGAAUUACAGUCACUGAGUGGGUUCCCCCCCUUAAUGUCACCUAAACGAAAGAAAAAAAUCAGAAAAAAAAUCAAGUGAAACUAAAUGGUCAAUGCAGAUAUUAAUUAUUUGUGUUGCAUAUUUUAAUUUCUAUACUUUUAAUGACCAAACAAUUUGGCAGAUUCUUCUUGAAAAUGUCGGACUAAAUCACAAGAUGAAGUGGAACUACAUGUAUUUGUAAACUUCAACUCUUGUAUCCUAACGAAAGAUUCAAAAGAGUUUUUUUAGCAUUAACUUUCGCCAUAAUUUCUUAAUUGAAUAUUUUUAAUCCGACAGUUUCAGCGUAUGGUUGAUUGUGUAGAUUUGUGUGCAUGCAAACAAGCCAAAUAUUUGAGCAGGGUUUUACAGUUUUUGUUAAAGUAACAUGGUCGUAACUAUUUUCUAACCCCGAGCGUUUCCAAGAGAAACUUAAAUCUGUUGGACUAGCACUUUGUCGCUGACGUUGUGAUUUGGUUUCUUUGCCCAUUCAUGCAACAAAAGUGCUACUGGUUUUAUUCAGUCACGUUCAUAUUUCAAUUUGUAUAUUCAAUUCGAUUUUGUACAUUUUGGUUCAGUGAUCUAUUUUAUCUUUGUUAAAUUUUAAAUGUACAGUUUAUUUAUUUCAAAGGUUUGUCGCCAACACUUGCCUAUAACUACUACUUUCUUCGGUUUUAUAUGCUUGAUGUAGUCUUAAAAUGCAAAAUGUAACGUUUGAAAUUCGCUGAUUAAUAAGGGAGUAGUGGUUUUUUUUUCAGUUCUGUUUUGAAGCUGACCUACAAAGCUAGAAUUUGGCAUUCCUGCUUUUAUCAAAUACUUGUAUCAAAUACUAAUAAUUUAAUAUUAUAAGAUAAUAUUUGAAUUUUGGUAUUUUAACGUCUUGUUCAGUUUUACAUUGCUAAUUUCCUUUAUUAACAUCUGCAGAGGGUAUAAGUUUUGAGUUUUGUGUAUCCAAAAUAUAUAUUAAUUUAAGCGUACAAUAGUGUAUCAGCUGGAUCCAUACGUUAUAAAUUUGUAUUUUUAUCAUUUUUACUUCAUCAGACAUUUCGAAAACAUUGCGUGAUUCUAUGUGGUGGCAACUAAUCAAUAAACAAUGAAAUAAUUAACUUGCACACGAUAGGAUGGAUACCAAAUUAAUGGAUGACAUGUGAAUGCAUGGCAAUGCCUAUGGCAACGUAGGCCUGCAUAAUGAAUUAUUAUAAGCUGGUAACCAUGGCAACACAAACCUCUCCUCAACUCAAGGCAAUCUGAUAAAUUAUUGAAAAGGGGGAAAAAUCUUGAUAAAAUAGAAGUACCCAUUUUUUUUCUUCCUUUUCUCUCGAUGCGCCGUCGGUGAUCGUCGAGAUAAAAGACCUCGCGCUAUGUAAGAUUUUGGUUAUUCAACUCGAGAAAGGAAUCGAUACUGGCUGGGCCUAGACUACCAAUGUACAUGUACACUAUAUGCAGGAUUUGCCGCCACUGACUUACGUGAUAUGAAUCAAUUAACAAUUAGAAACGUUGUGUGGUAUGAUAAAUGUAUCUUGUUUACUUCAAGAAUGGUUGCUAUUUUCCUCUGACAAUCUUCGAAUCAUUUUCUGUUUCUUAAAGUGCAUAUGCGUGUAUAUAAAGUAAGUAGGAAUGGGUAAGCAGUGUUGGUAAUAAUGAAAAAUGGCUUCGUCCUACAACGAACUUCAAUAUUUCACUCGCUUGUCUAAUCUUUGAAUUUGUGGCGUUCACUCGCAUGUGCAUGAGAAAUUUCAUGAGGUGGUGCUUGCGUUUUAGCUUAUUGUUUAAUAUUAAUCGCUUGCUUGCAUUGCUGCUGAACGACUGUUUUGCAAUUGGUCAGUUUUCAACAUGCAGCAUUUCACGAUUUGAGUGGGAAGAUGUGCUUGUAUAGGCCUAUUAGAACUGUGAAACGCGAGUGUCAUUACAUGCUUUCCAGCAUUUCCAGGCAUGCCGUACUUUGAGGAAUUUUUUGUACCACUUCUUGAGACAUCGACUGAAGAUUCUUUUUUUUCUUCUUCUUCUUUUUUCUUUUUUUUUUUUUCAUUUCUAUACGAAUUUUGGUCGAAGGCAAAUCAUGCCACAUAGACAGUGACGUGUUCGGAGCAGUGGCCGGUUUCAAUUUUUGUAGGUGUGCCUGUGUGAUGUGUGUGUGUGCUUUUAAGCUAAUGUAGAGUAAACUACAGGUUCAAGCCGUUGUGUGCGAAACAAUUAACAUUUGGGGAUUGCUUUAUCGAGUAUUAUUUCCCCCGGGAAGAUGCCGAUUACUUCACAAUUUGAUCAUAAUAAGUAAAGUAGAUGUGUGGAAGAGGAAUAAGGUUGAAGUGUGCUUGGUCUAGUCUGGUUCUCACAACGCAACACAAAAGCAAAAGCUUUGUUUUUCCCUUCCCGGUCAAAAUCAUGACGCAAGCACCCCCCCAAAAAAUUUACAUUUAUAUGAGAUCCCCAGUUUGUCUUGCCAAACCGACGUCUAUGAGGUAUAGUCGUUAAUCCGUUGUCUUUUAACAUAUGCACUUGCAAUUUGGAAUAUAGCCGAUGUCAAUUUCUGCUUGUGAUUCUAACUUCGUUUACGGGUGAGAGUGGUUUUAUGUUAACCAUCUCUCUUGAUCCAAGUCACAAUCUCGUUGUCUCGCUUGUGUAGUAGUAAAUUCUGAAAUGUUUGCAGUCAACUCCACACGGUCUCUGUCUUGACAUUUUUAAAGUGCACUUAGCUUAUCGUGGCACGACGUGUCACAUCACACUGUCACUGUGUCUAAUGAGGAGUAAAUGAUCGCAUUAAAUCAUUCCCUGGAUGUCCGCAUUUGCAUAA